GAUCGAACCUGCCAGCAGCAGCGGAUCAGACUGAAGAUGGCGGAGGGCGAGCUGAACGUGGACAGCCUGAUCUCCCGGCUCCUGGAAGUACGGGGAUGUCGCCCGGGGAAGAUAGUGCAGAUGACCGAGGCAGAGGUGCGAGGCCUCUGCAUCAAAUCCAGGGAGAUCUUCCUCAGCCAGCCCAUCCUGCUGGAGCUCGAGGCACCCCUGAAGAUCUGUGGUGACAUCCAUGGGCAAUACACAGACCUACUGAGGCUGUUUGAGUACGGUGGAUUCCCUCCAGAGGCAAACUACCUUUUCCUGGGAGACUACGUGGACAGAGGGAAGCAGUCCCUGGAAACCAUCUGCCUCCUGUUGGCCUACAAGAUCAAAUACCCAGAAAACUUUUUCCUGCUCAGGGGCAACCACGAGUGUGCUUCCAUCAACCGCAUCUACGGUUUCUACGAUGAGUGCAAGCGCAGGUUCAACAUCAAGUUGUGGAAGACCUUCACUGACUGCUUUAACUGCCUCCCCAUUGCUGCUAUCAUUGAUGAGAAGAUCUUCUGCUGCCAUGGAGGGCUAUCGCCUGAUUUGCAGUCAAUGGAGCAGAUCCGAAGGAUCAUGAGGCCAACAGACGUGCCUGAUACAGGCCUGCUGUGUGACCUUUUGUGGUCGGACCCAGAUAAGGAUGUACAAGGUUGGGGUGAGAACGACCGCGGGGUCUCCUUCACCUUCGGAGCAGAUGUGGUCAGCAAGUUCCUAAACCGCCACGACCUGGACCUCAUCUGCAGAGCCCACCAGGUUGUGGAGGAUGGAUAUGAGUUCUUUGCCAAACGCCAACUGGUCACACUUUUCUCUGCUCCAAACUACUGCGGGGAGUUUGACAAUGCAGGCGGCAUGAUGAGUGUUGAUGAGUCCCUUAUGUGCUCCUUCCAGAUCCUAAAGCCCUCAGAGAAGAAGGCCAAGUAUCAGUAUGGUGGUGUGAAUUCUGGUCGGCCCGUCACCCCACCCCGCACCACCCAAGCCCCUAAGAAGAGGUGAACGCACAGCCUUGGCUCCUCCCCUCCUCCUCACCCUGUCCGUCCCUGCAACCCCUGUAACUCCCCUGUAUAGCGAAGGUACAGGGCUUAUCUAUUUGCCCAAAUCUUUCUCCUCUUUUCUCCCCACUCACCCACGGCCUCCCCAUCUCCACUGACAGCUCUUUUCUUAAUGUGUAUGUGUACAUAAAUUUGCUGUGAUCAAUCUGUUUUAUUUUUUGCCUGUUUGUCGGUGUUUUUGAUAUUAUUAACAGAUUCUCUUUUUUUGUGGUUUGACCUACUAUGCCAUUUGAGGUUUUCUGAGGUUCUGUGUCGUCUCUGUGUAGAGGGGCAAAUGUGACUGAAUUAGAGGAAUUAUUUUUUUCCAGUUUAACAAAACAAACACAGUAGAUAUUGAACAUUGUAUUGCCUUGACCUCUCAAAAAUAGCAGAGAGAAUCCUUCCAAUGUGUUUUAAUGAGAAUGAGGUUUCCGUGCUAAAUCCGUAAGAAAAUAACAUUUCUUAUAUUCCGGUUCAACAGUUUAAAAACAUUACAGGAUAUGUGGUGCACUUGCGGUUGUCGUGCAGGCGCACAUUUUAUAUAUUUAACCCCUGAAAAAGUGCACCUCCCCAUGAGUAGCAAAGAAUGUGAAGAGACCGGCUUGAAUGAAAUACAGAGGAUAAAUCGGAUGCUGCUGGCAGUGGACACUUUCCCAGAAACACAACGCCCUCUGGGCAUCGAUUCCUCCACCCUGUUAUGCCUCCCUGUGCCUCGACUCCCCUCAACCUCACAAAAGAGUGCCGCUCCUCACACGGAGCUGGUAUUGACAUUUCCCUGGUUCUAUUUAUUAUUUGUUCUCAUCAACAUAAUUUCCCCCCAUAUAAUCCUCUUAUCCUCUGGAUAUAUGGUGUACUAAAAGUGCUUAUGAAGGAUAGAAAAUAUCUAACAGCACUGGUUGCAAUUUUGUAAGUGUCUAACGUAUCUAAGUAAGCCGUACAGUGUUAAAAAGACCAAAUAAAUAAAAAGCAAGCUUCACAUAUUGCUCCACGGUAUUUGAAUUGUUUAGUGCUGUGUUUAUAGAGUACAUAAAAACAUAAUGAAGAAAGGUUUCUCUUGGAAGCUUGUAGGGAAAAAUGACUGCUAUCCUCCUGGCAUCACCCAGUCUGUUCUGGUAAAGAGUAUGAAAACCGGAGGAGUCUGCAGUGGGUGGCAGGACCAGGCCGUUAUGCUCUAUGACAGUGAUGCCACCUGGUGUAUAAAGACAGUAGUACAGUACAAAUCAGAUGUGAAUUUCUAACUCGACAGCUCAGGAUGGGCUUUUCAUUACAUUGCCGGUACAAAACGUGUGGUCGUUCACCACGAGGAGGUACUGGCAGAUUACUACAGUCGACUGCAAAUGAGAUGCAGUUGACUCUUUGUGUGGAAACAGUUGCCUCUUUCUUUCUUUUUUUUUGUGUGCUCUUUUUGGUAUCAUUCUUUCUGUUGUAUUUCUAUGUUCUCUAUUGACAUUGCUUACAUUUUAUUCACUUAAUUUAUUUCCUAAUACUGAUAACAAGAAAACAAUGAGGUGUUACCAAAAGCUGUUUUUUAAUUCAUACAAGUUUGUUUGAAAGUCUGUAAAUUCAAUAAAAUGGAUGG